UUCAUUGCUCCGCUCCUUCUUCUUCUUCUUCUUCUUCUUCUUCUUCUUCACUUCUUUAUUUUAUCUAACGUCCUCCCCCGUCCUGUCCGGGUGACGGCCGUCUCCCCCGAAUUCCUCACCCACUGAGACAUCAUGGAGAGUCUGGAGAAGCAGCUCAUCUGUCCCAUCUGUCUGGAGAUGUUCACCAAGCCGGUGGUCAUCCUGCCCUGCCAACACAACCUCUGCAGGAAGUGUGCCAAUGACGUGUUCCAGGCGUCCAAUCCCUACCUGUCGACGAGGAGCGGCUCCACGGUGACAUCAGGUGGUCGUUUCCGCUGCCCUUCCUGCCGACAUGAGGUGGUUCUGGAUCGGCACGGUGUGUACGGGCUGCAGAGGAACCUGCUGGUGGAGAACAUCAUCGACAUGUACAAACAGGGCAGCAGCAGGCCGGUCCCGGAGGUGAAGGUGGAGCAGCCGAUGUGUGAGACUCAUGAAGACGAGAAGAUCAACAUCUACUGUGUCACCUGCAGCGCCCCCACCUGUUCUCUGUGUAAAGUGUUCGGAGUUCACAAAGACUGUGAGGUCGCUCCGCUGGACGCUGUCUUCCACAAGCAGAAGGUGACACGACACACCUCUUUAAUUAUUAUUUCUGAUUAUAUAAUGAUUUAAAUGUUUGGAGCAGCGUUCACACGCGUUUGUGCUGACGUUACUGACUCUGAGUGUUUUCAGGAGAAUGGUCGCAGGCAGAAGUCGAAGGUGUGCGAGACGUUCGAUCACCUGUAUGCUCUGAUGGAGGAGAGGAAAGGCGAGAUGACUCUGAGGAUCAACUCCGAGCAGGAGGAGAAACUCGACUACAUCAGAGGUCUGAGGAGGAAGUACACCGAACACCUGGAGAGCACCGCCAAGCUGCUGGAGACCGCCAUCCAGACCAUGGAUGAGUCCGAGAUGGCUGUGUUCCUGCAGACGACCAAACCUCUGCUACAGAAGAUCGUGGAGGGAACCAACACGUCUCACAUGGAUAAAGUCCAACAUGGCUACGAGAAGAUGGAUCACUUCACGGCUAACUUUGAGCAUCAGAGGAGAGCGCUGAUGAGCGUCGACUUCAUCAAACUUGAUGAAGAUGAUGAAGACGAUGAAGACGAAGCAGUGGAGGUCAGAGGGACGACCUCAUCCAAUCAGCAGCCUGCGCCGCCUCCUGUUCAGCCUGCAGGUGUUCAGCUCUCCGCCCCGCCCCCUCAGAGACCCCCAGAGGCUCCGCCCACCGUGACACAGACACCAACACAGUCAAAAAGCCCCACCCCCUCCGCAACCACACAGGCCCCUCCUCCUCCACCCCUCCCCACUCAAGGCCCCGCCCCUUCGCUGCUGCAGGUCCAGUCUGAUCAGCAGAACGAGUCGGAGGACAAAGAUGGACCCAAACACGUCUUCUCCUUCAGCUGGCUGAACCAGAAGUGACAUCAGAUCAGGACCUGGAUCAGUCUUUUUUUUAACAUCAGUAAC